AACUAUGAUUGGCUAACGCUGAGAAAUGACGUCGGUUUUGAGUUUGGCUCACCGUCUCGCGCUCUCAACGAAGACUUACGGUAAUUACGCAACUUCAAUAGCGGAAGUCGACCCGCUGGCAUUUAAAGACAUAUUUAAAGCAAGUUAAAGUGGACGAAUAACAACAACAACAUGACUCCGUCCGCUCUACUUUGUCAAUUUCGACUUAUUGGACUUUGUCGGAAAUGGUGUUCCUCCCGCGCGUUCACGUGCCAGGCCGCUGUCAAUCAGCUGCGGCGGGAACAGGGCGCCACGGCUCUGGCCGGCAGAGUGGACCGGUUCGGGGGAAUCACGGUGGAUCUGGCGGACGUUGGGCUGCCGAAGGACAUUAGUGAAACUGCUUUCGCUGACUUAUUGACAGAUUCAUUGGGCCGGUGGAAAUCAGAGGGCAAGGUGGCCGUGUGGCUGCGGGUUCCAAUCGCGAUGAGCCGAUGCGCCGGUGCCGCCGCCGCCCGCGGCUUCACCUUCCACCACGCACAGGAGCGCCACGCCGUGCUCUCCCUCUGGAUGGGCGCAGGAGAAAGCAAGCUGCCUGGCUUUGCUACGCACCAAAUCGGCGUGGCAGGCGCAGUCGUCGACGAGUCCAAUGGAAAGGUUCUGGUGGUGCAAGACAAGAACAAGACGAAAAAUGCCUGGAAGUUCCCCGGCGGGUUGUCGGAUCCCGGCGAGAAUAUUGGAGUGACAGCGGUGCGCGAAGUCUUGGAAGAAACGGGGAUCCGGUCCGAGUUCCGAUCUCUACUGAGCAUCCGUCAGCAGCACAACCACCCGGGCGCCUUCGGCAUGUCCGACAUAUACGUCAUCUGCCGCCUCAGACCGCUCAGCUACGACAUCCAUUUCUGCACACGCGAGUGCGAGCGCUGUGAGUGGCUGAGCCUUGCCGAGCUGGCGCGUACCGCCGACACCACGCCCAUCACGUCUCGGGUGGCCAGGCUGCUGCUGCACGGGCUGGAGCGCGGGUUCGAGAGCAUCGACCUCGCCAUGGAGGAGCUGCCCGCCGUCUACUCUGGGAUGUUUUACCAGCUCUACCAUCGACAGAUUCCUUCAUCUUAGCUAUAACAAACAAUGCAAGGACCUGGCCUGGCUCCAGUGUUCUUGGGGAGCACUCUCUCCUAUUUAUGACUGGACCACUACUACCUACUACACAUACUGUUUUUCAGUGGGUUUUAUUU